AUGGAAAUCAAAGGCCAGGGGGCCAUUCCCUUGACUCGUACUGAUGAGAAUUUGACUCCACGAGAAAUUGAGCAAAAAGCUGCUGAAUUGGCCUAUUUCUUGCGUGUACCAAUUGAAGCACCCCUUUCAAAUGCAUAUCCCAUUUUUGCACAGCAGGGUUAUGAAAAUCCACGAGAAGCGACUGGCCGUAUUGUAUGUGCCAAUUGCCAUUUAGCUAAUAAACCCGUGGAUAUCGAGGUUCCACAAGCGGUACUUCCUGAUACUGUAUUUGAAGCAGUUGUUCGAAUUCCUUAUGAUCUGCAACUGAAACAAGUUCUUGCUAAUGGUAAAAAAGGAGCUUUGAAUGUAGGGGCUGUUCUUAUUUUACCCGAGGGGUUUGAAUUAGCCCCUCCCGAUCGUAUUUUGCCCGAGAUUAAAGAAAAGAUAGGAAAUCUGUCUUUUCAGAGCUAUCGCCCCACUAAAAAAAAUAUUCUUGUGAUAGGUCCUGUUCCUGGUCAGAAAUAUAGUGAAAUCACCUUUCCUAUUCUUUCCCCGGACCCCGCUACUAAGAAAGAUGUUCACUUCUUAAAAUAUCCCAUAUACGUAGGCGGGAACAGGGGAAGGGGUCAGAUUUAUCCCGACGGGAGCAAGAGUAACAAUAAUGUUUAUAAUGCUACAGCAGCAGGUAUAGUAAGCAAAAUCAUACGAAAAGAAAAAGGGGGGUACGAAAUAACCAUAGCGGGUGCAUCGGAUGGACGUCAAGUGGUUGAUAUUAUCCCUCCAGGACCGGAACUUCUUGUUUCAGAGGGGGAAAUCCAUCCAACUUGA